GUGAGGGCGAGGGCCUAAAUAACACGGGUCCCUGCGCAUUCAUCCACCACUUGCUGAGCGCCGGCGACUCAAUGGGACUUGUGCGAGGCACGGGGCUGAGCGCCUCGAGGCUGGUGGGGACUUGGGCGCUGCGAAGUAGGGAGCAGAGUAGCCCCAGGGCGUCGCACCGGGACUCUGCUGCGACUCCCAUCACUCCUGCGGUGCCGCCGACGAGAACGCUGGUGUUGACUGACUUGUACCACGCUUUGCAGGCAGUGUUUUCACCGGGGGACCCAACUUUGCCCGCGCUGCCGAAUCUCCAAGAAGUCGCCGAAAGCGCUCGGCUGCCACUGCCUCGGGGACCAAGAGAGGAGAAAGCUGAGACUAGGAGAGAGCAAAUGAUUUACUCGAGGCUGAGUUGUGUCCCCCGGCAAAAUUCAUGCUGAAGUCCCCACCUCUAGCACCUCAGAAUGACUGCGUUUGGCGAUGGCAUCUGAAAAGAGGUAAUGAAGUUAAAGAUGAAGUUAUUAGGGUGCUCCCUAACCCAACAUGACUGGUGCCCUCGUCGUAGGAAAUCAGGCCACAGAUGGGCGGAGAGGGAAGACCAGUGAAGACACAGGGCGACAGUGGACAUCCACAAGCCAAGGAGAGAGGCCUCAGAAGAACCCACCCUAUCGACGCUUUGAUCUUGGACUUCUAGCUUCCAGAAUCUUAAGAAAAUAAACUUCUAUUGUUUAAACCACCCAGUCCAUCAUACUUCGUUAGGGCAGCCCUAGUGGGCUCCCACACAGAGGCAUCACAGCCAGUGAGUACUGAGCUUCGGGAUCUGUAUCCGCUUCCUGCCUCCAGACAGCGCCCCCUCCCCGGCCCCGCAUUGUUGAACUGGCCAUUGCUGCUGAGACAGGUUCUCCCAACUACAGUGCAGCACGUGGUGCUGGCAAGGAGGGGGUGGUGCCAUCAUCCUGCUCAACACACAUCUGCUGACCAGGACAGAAAAUGCGCUAACCCUUCAAGAUGCUCCUGGAGAGAAGUACUGCACUCUCCCUCCACUGACCGCUCCCCGCCCCCAGGCCAGGAGCAACGUCUGAGGGGCCUGCCCUGCUCAGUGGCCACACCCCAGAAGACCAGGGUGCAUGGGUAAGCUGGCAGCAGGAAGAUGGGCCAAGGAGAGGCUCCUGCUCUAUCAGAUGCUCAAACUCCUUGCCCUGGCCUGCAAGUCCCUGCAGCAGCAGCUUCCUGAAUGGUCUACAUCUUCAUUCCUGCCGGGGCUCUCUUGCUUGUGCCUCUCUCCGCUUCCAAGAUUUUCCUGGUGGAGCCAAAGAGAGAGAUAACACAGACAAGAACUCCCCUGAAACUGUAAGCUCCUGUAAAUGAAACUGUUCUAACUGCAAUUAUUCCAUGACCUUGGUUUCACUAUAUUAGAAGCCACCGCUCGUGGUCCAGGAAUUGCAGUUUGCAAAAGCAUAACCUGUUCUCUUUCUGUGGGUAUAAAAGUACUUGCUCACA